ACUCUAAUCGUGAGGGUCCUGCACCAGGCUGGUCAUGUGACCAAAGCAGCCUACAACCUGACCAAGGGACACGGGCUCCUCACCUGGGUUCUACAGCAGCUGGAGAGGAGGUGAGAGAUACUGUCUGUCUGGCUGUCAUCUAGCCACACAUUCUGGUUCUGAUGUGAAUUAUUUAUUUUAAACUUUUAAAAAAGUUGCCUUCACCAGGAAGCACCUGUUGGUCAGUGUACUCCAGAGGUGGGGGAGGGGGUCAGUGUACUCCAGAGGUGGGGGAGGGGGUCAGUGUACUCCAGAGGUGGGGGAGGGGGUCAGUGUACUCCAGAGGUGGGGGAGGGGGUCAGUGUACUCCAGAGGUAGGGGGAGGGGUCAGUGUACUCCAGAGGUAGGGGGAGGGGGUCAGUGUACUCCAGAGGUAGGGGGAGGGGGUCAGUGUACUCCAGAGGUAGGGGGAGGGGGUCAGUGUACUCCAGAGGUAGGGGGAGGGGGUCAGUGUACUCCAGAGGUGGGGGAGGGGGUCAGUGUACUCCAGAGGUGGGGGAGGGGGUCAGUGUACUCCAGAGGUAGGGGGAGGGGCAUCAUUAGAGAAGAAUCAAACAGAGUUAAAAUAGUACCACGAUUGCUGUAGAAUGAAAAACCCUGUUCUCUACUCCAGACAUGUAGACCAGGGUCUGCUGAGUGCUGUGGUAGAGCUGCUCCACGUGCUGUGGUUCACCAACCUGGGCCAGAAGGAGGCCCAUGGUGAGGGAGCCCCCUCUUCCUCCACACCCCAGGGACACACCACUCCAAAGGUUCUCCCUCUACCCCUCAUCAGCCAGUUCCUGUGUGUAGCCACCAGCAUCAUCAGACAUCUGAGGUAG